GAACAGUGGGCUGAUUGAGACGAGCGGAGACUGCGGCAUCCCUACGAACACGAGUGUAGAUGAGGAGUCAGACACGUUGCAGUCGCUACUGGCUCGGGCAAGUCCGCACUCCCUUGGCUCGCAGCGAAUCGAUGGUACGAGCGUAGAGCGUGCGGUUCCGGCACUCAAUGUCGCCUUCCCCGUCAUGCAUACCUACAAUCUGCAGCUGACAGACACGAUUCCAGUGCAGCUUGGUGAGGUGGAGAGUGGGGGAGAGGAGUGUCGCGAUCUCUUGCGGCCCUCCGUUCGACUGCUCUGCAGCAUCGGACGAAGUUUGGUGGCGGAGCAGUAUCGCAGACAGAUGCCUGAGAGGAUGCGGUUGCGUGGCGUCAAGGCGCCAAAGAUGACGGAGGAGGGACGCAAGGAGGAGCGCGAGUACUUGCAUCAGACGCUCCCGCCCACCGGUGUUGCUGCAGCCAGUCUGCGUUGGAGGCCCAAGGACUUGGGUGGAGUGUAUGCGUGCACAUGUGUGAAGGCGGGCUGUUCGUUUCAGCCAGACUCCUUCCUCUCGCUGUGUCGUCACGUGGAGGAGGGUCACUAUCGUCUGCGUCGACUGCGCCAACUGCCCGAGAAGUCGUGGCAUUGUUCGCGAUCACCCUCAGUCUACUAUCCCGUCAAUCCAGCCAACACAAAGUCAUUGGGCUCGCAUGGCAAGAACAUCUACUUGUGUGGGAUGUGUGGUUUAUGCUUCAGCACCGUCAAGGCCAUACAGGCGCAUUACGCGGGAAGUCACGAGAAGAGGAGGUUCGACUCCGCUGAGACGUGUGUGUGGAUAAUGUGUCCGUACUGUGGUGAGUCAAUGGAGAGGGAGUCGUCGCGCUUGCCAGUAUGCAGAGUGGAGCUGCGUGGUCGACCGAUGGAGGUGGUGUGGAAUGAGAUCAGACAGUGCACGCGUGGUGAUCCGGCGCGCGCAACAUCGGUUCACGUGCUUGCCUCCCUUCUCCUAUUUCCAAAUGCACAAUCACCGCUGUGCUUCACCACCUCUGUGGCGCGCGGCAUUUGGUCAAGGAGUGGAGGUGGGUAUGAGGGCUUGAAAGAGCGCCUCGGGAAUGCCAUCUCAGCAAUUAGAGGUGUGUUACGAUUCACUGGUAAGAGACGAUACAGGCGGGUGGUGGAGGAGGCGGUUGAUUUGCGUGACCUCGACACCUCUGGAUGGACUGCACCUUGUGAGGAAUCGGGACCAGAGUGUGCAAUUCCUGUUGCACGGAAGGGGGCUCGAGUGAUUGUCAAAUCGCUGCCAGCCAACGUGUCGACGGUUGAGGUGGAGGGAGUAUCGCCUGUACCUCUGACCAGCAGCACAGCCUCGGGAGAAAGCUGCCAACCCGCACGGAAGGUCAUCAUUGUUGGCAAGCGGGUUGUGGAGAGUGGGAAUCAGUGA